AUGAUGUCUAUGAGCUUCGCGCCUGACGCCUUGAGUCCUCUGGAUGCGUCCAAAUCGGCGUUUUUAGAGCUCGGCCACGGUCACCCCGCCAGCCAGCAGCACUUCUCGGGACUCGCGCAUAACGUUUACCCGGCGCACGGGCUGCGCUCCGGCGGACACCCGCAGCACGACGGUGCCUUCCCGCCCGGCGCUUGUCAUUACGGCGGACCGCUCAGUUACAGCUACCCCGCUCCCCUGAGCGCUCCUGCCCCUGCCCCUGCUCCUGCCUACAUCUCCUACCAACAGAACAACUACAGGAACCAACUAAGCGACUCCAGGAAGGACGAGAACGAACAUGAGAAGCCGGCUGUGAUUGAGAAUGGUGAGAUUCGUGUGAGCAGCAAAGGGAAGAAGAUGCGCAAACCUCGCACCAUCUACUCCAGCCUGCAGCUAGCGGCGCUGCAUCAGCGCUUCCAGCAGACCCAGUACCUCGCCCUGCCAGAGAGAGCCGACCUGGCUGCCAAACUGGGCCUGACACAGACACAGGUGAAAAUAUGGUUUCAGAACAAGCGCUCCAAGUUUAAGAAGGUCAUGAAGCACGGACCUGGCGGACCUGAAGGAGAGCUGCAGGCAGCGCACCCGCACCCGCACCCGCACCCGCACCCACACGCCCCUUCACCCUGCUCUCCCGCGCUCCCGCCGCUCUGGGACUCGCCCAUGGCGGGCAAGAACACGCAUGCUCAUACCGGCGGCUAUAUGAACAGUUUCGGACAGUGGUACCCAUCAUCCCAUCAGGAUGCUCUGGCCAGACCUCAGAUGAUGUGA